AUGUUUGAAUUGUUUGGCGGCGCCGGACGUGUGGGCGCGGGUGAAGAGUGUCUGGUUGUGGCGGAAUGCGGUCAGAAUCAUAACGGAGACAUUGAUAUCGCUAUGAAAAUGAUUAGCGAAUCAAAGCAUACAAUUCACGCCAAUUGUGUUAAGUUUCAAAAAAGUGAUUUAAAGUCCAAAUUCAAUGCCAACGCUUUGCGGCGUCCGUACGAUAGCGUCCAUUCCUGGGGCGCAACCUAUGGUCAACACAAGACAUUCCUCGAGUUCACGAACGAACAGUUUGUUCAUUUGAGAGAUUACGCCAAAAAUGAAGAUAUUUUAUUCACCGCUUCGGCGAUGGAUGAAAAGUCAUUGCAAUUUUUGGCUCAAAUGGAUGUGCCGUUCAUUAAGAUCGGCAGCGGAGACGUCGAUAAUUAUCCGAUGCUUGAAAUUGCGGCCAAAUAUGAUAAGCCAUUGUUUGUGUCCACAGGAAUGCACGACUUGGAGGUGGUUAAGACUGUCUAUAACUUAAUCACACCAAUCAAUCGUCGAUUAUGUCUUUUGCAUUGUGUCUCCGCAUAUCCGACGCCAUUGGAAGAAAUUAAUCUUCGAGUGAUCAGUGAUUAUCAAGAAUUGUUUCCAUCGGCUGUGAUUGGAUACAGCGGUCAUGAGUUGGGCACUGAGAUUAGUUUGGGAGCUGUCGCUCUCGGAGCCAAAGUAUUGGAAAGACAUUUAACAUUAGACAAGACAAUGAAAGGUACGGAUCAUUCGGCGUCUUUAGAGCCGCCAGAGUUUGGCCAAUUGGUGGCUCAGAUGAGGGCCUUAGAGCGGGCCCUAUCGGGUCAUAGGCCAAAGUGCAGACAGGAAUCCGAAUGGAGUUGUUAUCGAAAACUCGGCAAAUCUAUUGUCGCCAAACAAUUCUUACCGAAAGGAACUGUUUUGACAUUGGAUUCAAUAGAUAUCAAAGUCGCCGAACCGUUCGGUAUUAACGCUCACAAAGUGUUUGAAAUAAUUGGCCGAACGCUUAAUAAAGACAUCGAAUUCGACGAAAGCAUACAAUUUGACGAUUUGUAUUGA